UUAUUUCUUGUUCAAGAGAGUCUCUUUCUCUCUCUAUCCUUGUUCUAUAGAGGUCAUCCGAAACCCUACCUUUUCCAAAAUUCCAAAGAAAGAUCUUUCUUCACCUCUUUCAAAAUCGAUCACUACUUGCUCCACAAAUCGUGGGAAAUCGACGAAAGAAUGGAGCAUCAGAGGCUGAAGCAGCAGCAGCAGCAACAGCAGCAACAAGCCCUGAUGCAACAAGCUGCUCUCCUUCAACAACAAUCCAUGUAUCAUCCAGGUCUCUUGGCUCCUCCACAGAUUGAGCCAAUCCCAAGUGGAAAUCUGCCUCCGGGUUUUGAUCCAAGUACAUGCCGCAGUGUGUAUGUGGGAAAUAUUCAUACGCAGGUGACUGAGCCUCUUCUUCAAGAAGUUUUUUCAAGCACUGGACCUGUUGAGGCUUGCAAACUUAUUAGAAAGGAAAAGUCCUCUUAUGGAUUCAUUCAUUACUUCGAUCGUAGAUCAGCUGCACUUGCCAUAGUGUCUCUUAAUGGAAGGCACUUGUUUGGGCAGCCUAUCAAAGUUAAUUGGGCUUAUGCAAGUGGUCACAAGGAAGAUACUUCAAACCACUACAAUAUCUUUGUGGGUGACCUUAGUCCUGAAGUGACGGAUGCAAUGUUGUUUGCUUGCUUCUCUGUGUACCCUAGUUGUUCUGAUGCUAGAGUUAUGUGGGACCAGAAAACAGGCCGAUCAAGAGGGUUUGGAUUUGUUUCAUUCAGGAAUCAUCAGGAUGCCCAAAGUUCAAUAAAUGAUUUAACUGGAAAGUGGCUUGGCAGUAGACAGAUACGUUGUAACUGGGCCACUAAAGGUGCUGGAACUAGCGAUGACAAACAGAGCUCUGAUUCCAAAAGCGUUGUCGAACUAACUCAUGGCUCAGAGGAUGGACGAGAAAACGCAAAUAAUGAGGGACCUGAGAAUAAUCCUAUGUACACUACUGUAUAUGUGGGUGGUAUUGGUCCAGAGGUCUCUCAAACAGACUUACACCGUCACUUCCACAAUCUGGGUGCUGGAGUGAUAGAGGAAGUAAGAACCCAACGUGACAAGGGCUUUGGCUUUGUGAGAUACAGUAGCCACACUGAGGCAGCUUUGGCAAUUCAGUUGGGAAACAGCCAGUCAAUUCUUAGCGGCAAACAAAUCAAGUGCUCGUGGGGUAACAAACCAACCCCACCAGGGACAAGUUCAAACCCACUUCCUCCACCAGCAGCUUCAUCCAUGCUGCCUGGUUUCUCUGCCAAUGACAUUUUGGCCUAUGAACGUCAACUCGCGAUGAGCAAAAUGGGUAUGGGUAUGGGGAUGGGGAUGGGAAUGGGAAUGGGCGCUGCCUCUUCCCUUAUGCACCAUCAUCAAUAUCCCCAAUCGGGACAGCAGCAACCACAACAACAUCCUCUUAAACAACAAGCAGCUGCCAUGGGAAUGAAUAGUGCUGCUGCUGCUGGUGCAAGCCAAGCCAUUUAUGAUGGAGGCUUUCAGAAUGUCGCCUCUGCCCAGCAGUUAUUGUACUAUUAGGUAGUAUUAUUAACUUCUCUUCUUUUUUCUCAGUCGAUAUUAUUAUUGGGAUUCUUAUAUUCCCCUUUGCUUUCUUCCUUUCUUUUUUCUUUUUCUCUAUUCUUAGGUUCUACAACUUUUGCUCUGACGAGUUUGUUUGUCAUAUUUUGUUUUAUCUUUUUGUGUAAGAACAUGUGGUUAGAUGAUCUCCUCCCUGUUUGGGUUGGAUUUGUCUUCGUUUAAACCUUUUUUUUUAUUUGGUUGUAUUGGAACUUGUCAUUAUGUAUUGUGAGUUUUGACUUUUAUUGCGUAUUUGUGAACGCAAUGACAAUGGUAUAAUAUUUUAUGUAAGGUUAUAAAUAUUUGGUUCU